GCCGGGACGAGGGUUCCUCCCUCAGCCGCACGCAAACUCGUUGCACAAGAAUUCCUCCCACCCCCACCGUCUCGCCGCCGCCACCACAGCUAGAUAAGAAAAAAAGAGAGAGCAGAACUCGUUGGGAGUGCUCGAGAUCUGUGUCGGGAGAGUGGGAAUUCUUGAGAUCGGAAUCGGAACAAGCGGGCGCGCUCGGGAUCGGGGUUACCAUACAAUUUUUCCCAGGAACCUUUAGUGAAUGUGCUAAUGGAGUCAAAGGGUGGCAAAAAGUCUAGCAGUAGUAGUUCCCUGAUGUACGAAGCUCCCCUCGGCUACAGCAUUGAAGACGUUCGACCUGCUGGAGGCGCCAAGAAGUUCUCUGCUGCAUACUCGAACUGCGCGAAGAAGCCAUCCUGAUAUCGUUUUUGGCAUCCCCUUCCCGUAGUUUAGGAUUUUUAUGCAAUUUUAUUCUGACUCUUUUCUCCCACCAAUCUCUCUGGCCUGCUUCACGAUAAUCGACCAGUUCUCUAGUCUUACUCCCUCUGUUCCUCUCUGCUCUGCUUUCUGACUCAAACUGCAACAAUGGCUGCCCCGACCUCUGCAAUCGGGUUCGAGGGCUACGAGAAGCGCCUCGAGAUCACCUUCUCCGAGGCAUCUAUCUUUGCCGACCCUCAUGGUCGUGGCCUGCGCGCCCUCUCUAGGGCCCAGAUUGACUCUGUUCUUGAUCUUGCACGGUGCACCAUUGUGUCCGAGCUCUCCAACAAGGACUUCGACUCGUAUGUGCUAUCUGAGUCCAGCCUGUUCAUCUAUUCUCAGAAGAUUGUGAUCAAGACCUGUGGGACUACCAUGCUCCUGCUCACCAUUCCUAGGAUUCUUGAGCUUGCUGAAGAGCUGUGCAUGCCGCUUGCUGCCGUCAAGUACUCUCGUGGGAUGUUCAUCUUCCCCGGCGCACAGCCUGCUCCCCACAGGAGCUUCUCUGAGGAGGUUGAUGUCCUGAACCGCUACUUCGGCCACCUGAAGUCUGGUGGCAAUGCUUAUGUGAUCGGAGACCCAGCGAAGCCUGGCCAGAAGUGGCACAUCUACUAUGCCACCGAGCAACCUGAGCAGCCCAUGGUCACCCUGGAGAUGUGCAUGACUGGGCUGGACAAGAAGAAGGCCUCUGUCUUCUUCAAGACUCAAGCUGAUGGCCACGUUUCCUGUGCCAAGGAGAUGACCAAGCUCUCUGGAAUCUCUGACAUUAUCCCUGAGAUGGAGGUCUGUGACUUCGACUUCGAGCCCUGCGGCUACUCCAUGAACGCCAUCAACGGAUCUGCCGUCUCCACCAUCCAUGUGACCCCCGAGGACGGCUUCAGCUACGCGAGCUACGAGGUCAUGGGCAUGGACGCCUCCGCCCUGGCCUACGGCGACAUCGUCAAGAGGGUCCUCCGGUGCUUUGGCCCUUCAGAGUUCUCUGUGGCGGUCACCAUCUUCGGUGGCCGUGGCCACGCCGCCACCUGGGGCAAGAAGCUCGAAGCUGAGGCAUACGACUGCAACAACGUUGUGGAGCAGGAGCUCCCCUGCGGGGGCGUCCUCAUCUACCAGAGCUUUGCCGCGAACGAAGAGGUUGCUGUCUCUGCCGGGUCGCCCAGGUCCGUCUUCCACUGCUUCGAGGCCGAGAGUGUGCAGAGCCACCCUCUGGUCAAGGAAGGCAAGCUCGCCAACCUCCUCGCAUGGCGGGCGGAGGAGGAUUCCCUGGAGGAGGGCGCGGUGCUGUGCGAGUGAUUGGCUGUCGCUGUUCCGUCUGUGGACUUUGUUCUGACUAAGUUUGUCGUUUGGUUACUGUGAAGCAGCCGGCCAGGCUAUUGCUACUCCGAAUAAACUAUUAGCUCUAGGUGGUUUGCUGCGUCUGCCACAAUGAGCGUACUUCUGGGGAAAAGUUGUCUCAAACUGAUAAAUAAGCAUUUUUUUUCUAA